UCUUCUCUGGCAGAGAGAGUUCUUGAUUAGCUUAAAGCUCCUUCAUCUUCACUUCCUCCGAUCACCGGAAAAUUUAAACCACCGUCGACUUUACAAAGCAUCUUUUUGAUCCGACGUCGUUCAGCUUAUCCUCAAACUAGCUUAAACCUUCUUGAAACUUUCAGUGUGAUCAGAGAUUGUGUGAUCACGCAAAUUAUCGAUCUUUCCAGAUCUGAGAGUAUUGUUUCAGAGAAGGUUUAAUAAGCUAAGCGUGAGAAUUGUCUAUUUGAUCGAUCUUUAGAAAAAAAAAACAGAGGAGGAAAACAGAGUGAUGACGUCAGGGACGAGAAUGCCGACGUGGAGGGAGAGAGAGAACAACAAGAGGAGAGAGAGAAGACGGAGAGCGAUCUCUGCGAAGAUCUUCACCGGUUUGAGAAUGUAUGGAAACUACGAGUUGCCUAAGCAUUGUGAUAACAACGAAGUGCUUAAAGCACUUUGUAACGAAGCUGGUUGGAUCGUUGAACCUGAUGGUACUACUUAUCGCAAGGGAUGUAGUAGACCAGUAGAGCGUAUGGAGAUAGGUGGAAGUCCAUGCUCCUCCAACUUCAUGAGUCCAACUUCUUCUUCUUUCGCUAAUCUCAACACUGGAGAUGGCCAAUCACUAAUCCCAUGGCUCAAACACCUCUCAACAACAUCAUCAUCCUCAGCUUCUUCAUCAUCAAGACUCCCUAACUACCUCUACAUCCCUGGAGGCUCCAUAAGCGCUCCUGUAACCCCACCUUUAAGCUCCCCAACAUCUCGUGGAAUGAACCAAAUCAACAACUCUUUCUUUGUCUCCUCAACACCUCCUAGUCCCACUAGGCAAACGACCUUACCUGUCUCUGAAUGGUUCUCAGGGAUUCAGCUCGCUCAAAGCGUUCCAGCUUCACCAACGUUUAGCCUUGUUGCACAGAACCCUUUUGGAAGUGGGUCAAGGAUGUGGACACCAGGUCAAAGUGGGACUUGCUCACCGGCGGCUAUUCAGACAGGAGAUGUUCCAAUGUCUGAAGUUGUGGCUACUCCUGAGUUUGCGUUUGGGAGUAACGCAAACGGGUUGGUGAAGGCUUGGGAAGGAGAGAGGAUACAUGAGGUGAGUGGUUCUGAUGAUCUUGAGCUUACUCUUGGAAACUCAAGCACCAGGUAGUUGCAAGAGGCAGUUCUUGAGAAAAAACGGUUCAACCAAAUCAUUCUCAAUGUCACUUUGAUUUUCUUUUAAUUUAUUUUUUUCCAUGUAAGGCUUAAAGUGAACACACAAGCUUUAUAUAUUCGUUUAUUUGUAACCUCUUGACCCUUGUGAUUUUGUAAAGGGUCUCUAUUUGACAACAGAGAAUGAACACUCAAAGAUCCUAAUUUUUUUUUAAUAUGUGAAGUGGAAGCUUUGUUUCUUGCAGUGUUUGUCUCUAACUGCUUCUGAC